AAAAUCCAUAUCAAGCCAUAAUCAAUGAAGAAGGGUAAGUUUGACUUUUCAUUACAGUAACCCCACAAAACCAAAGGGUAGACACGCAGAAACUCAACACCCCACCCAGCUUUUCUCUUUUAUCAAAACCACGUGUAGUUAAAUCUAGAAUUCGAAAUUAAAUACAUUGAUUUUUUCCAAAUUAAAUCCCGAAUGAACAUAAAGCAAGCAUGAAUGAAAGAAUAAGAAACCUUAAACUAGGUUAUUAAUUAGUAUAAUCUGAAUAUGAAUGAAUUAAUUAACGUAAAUGAAUGAAGGGGAGAGAGAGAGAGAGAAAGAUGAUGUUAUGUGUAGGAAGCAGAAGUAGUUGUUGGUAGUUCCAGCUCAGGCGCUUAGGUCGGAUCUAUAUCCAUCUCUCACACACACUAACAAGUUCCAAGACCUUUCUUCUUUCUUACUACACACACCUCUCUUUCUUUCAUGUGAGUGAUUAAUGGGGAAUGUGACGGGCACUGUGGCGGCUAAAUUUGCCUUCUUCCCGCCAGAGCCCCCCACUUACGACGUCUACAGGGACGACGACGGCACCGUGGUGUUCUCCGGUCUCACCGCUGACAAGAACGUCGACGUCCACUUGCUCGACACCAAGGCCGGCAACAAGAUAGUCGCCACCUUCUGGAAACAUCCAUUCGCCAGGUUCACCUUCCUCUACUCCCAUGGCAAUGCCGCUGACUUGGGCCAGAUGCACGACCUUUUCAUUGAGCUCAGAGCUCACCUCCGUGUCAAUAUCAUGAGUUAUGACUAUUCCGGUUAUGGAGCAUCUACAGGUAAGCCAUCUGAGUUCAACACAUAUUACGACAUAGAAGCUGUAUAUAGUUGUUUGAAGAACGAGUAUGGGAUUAAGCAAGAAGAGUUGAUUCUGUACGGUCAAUCUGUGGGGAGUGGACCCACACUGCACUUGGCUUCAAAGCUACACAAGUUGAGAGGUGUUGUCCUUCACAGUGCCAUUCUUUCUGGGAUAAGGGUCCUCUACCCUGUCAAGAUGACAUUUUGGUUUGACAUUUUCAAAAAUAUAGACAAAAUACGGCAUGUCAAUUGUCCAGUGUUUGUUAUACAUGGAACGAAUGACGACAUUGUUGAUUGGUCUCAUGGAAAAAGGUUGUGGGAACUAUCCAAAGAAAAAUAUGACCCCUUAUGGGUUAAGGGUGGAGGCCAUUGCAACCUUGAAACAUUCCCAGAGUACAUAAAGUAUUUGCGCAAGUUCCUAAAUGCAAUGGAGAAACUCUCACUCACAAAGCAGACAAACAAACAACUCACUCAAAAUCCUAGUAUUACCGAAUCCAGACAUAACAAAUGCUUAAGAUUUGGUAAAAAAUAGGAAACAAACAACUCACUCAAAAUCCUAGUAUUACCGAAUCCAGACAUAACAAAUGCUUAAGAUUUGGUAAAAAAUAGGUUGAUGUUUUAUGAGGUUUUUGCAUGCAGGGAAUCACAGCCAAGGUUUAAUUGGUUGUUGAACAGAAUGACAGUAGUACUUUGCUGUGCUACUUUGAUUCACUAUUAUGCAGAUAAUCAAUUGAUUGAUUAGAUUUAAAUCCAAAAAAAUGAUGUCAUGUCUUUAGAUCCAAAUCCUGUUACCAUAUUUAGGUGGAGAACUGUUUGCUUGGUUAAUAUAAUUUAAACUUUUGAUUUUGGUUAAAAAGUUAUGUAUAGGUCAUCAUCAUUCUCCGAAAAACAUGUCUUCUCCCUCAUCUUUAGGCUAAUCUCACUGGUUUGUUAUGUAAUUACAUUUUAUAUGAUAGGCAUGUCUUAAAAUGCAUGGUUACUUAACCAACUUGGGACAUAGUCUAAAAACACUGAAAGCUGUGAUUUAAGUUCAAAUUUAUUAGCAUUGUAUGGUUUAACCAAAAAUUCAAAGGAAUGAGUAAUCUGGACAGCUUUUAUGCAUCAAUUCAUAGAUGAGAUAGAAGAAUUAUUGUAGAAGGUAACCUAUUAAAAGUCCUGAACAUGGUCAAAUGAAUGAGUGCCCUAUCUAAUAAAAGUCCUGAACUAACAAAUGAAUGAUUAUGAUUACAUGACAGAACAUAGAUCAAUGUGGAAAAGAACCGGUAUCAUACUCUCAGCACCUGAUAACAAUUAGUUGGUGAAAAAUUGCAUCAUUCAAGGGAAAUCUUUUAGCACCAUCUCUGCCCUAAAUUAAAAAGGCCAACUUUGCAUCAUUCUCCAUCUUAUCCAUUCCAAAAGAUUUUCCCUUUCUGAAUCAUUGAUUCAAUUACGAUCAAAACACAUUAACAGAACGGUGCACUUGGGAACAAGUCAAGCCUUGGUGGUUCAAUGAAAAAAGAGAACAAAUGAAUGAACAAAGAGAAGAAGAUUAGUUCACAAAAAGAAGAGCAACGGAUUAGACCAGAAUGAAAACAAGUUUGAGUGGUUAUCUAUCGGAUAAGGAAGAACACGUAGUGGGUUUUAUGGGAGUUCUAGUCAACGAGAUUUCAAGCAGUGCAACAAUACUAAUAGGAGGAGCUGGAAUUCGCCACAAGUUGUAAGAAUAGUGGAAUGGAUCAAUGAAAGCGAGAACACAAAGGGGAGUAGAGGUUUGAAUAAAGCUGGAAGCGCAAAG